GAAACUCCAUAUUCGCGAGUGGACACAGUGUGUCGCGACAGCCGGGUGAAAUAUCACGGGCUCCUAAUUUUUGUGAAUAUUAAAUAUGAGAAAUUAGGCACAAAAUGAAGUGGGUAUUCUACGUAGUCGUCUUUGUUUACAUGUUCUACAGAGCAGUUUAUGGCGCUAAAGUCAAGGAAAUAAAUAGUCUAUCAGUUGAUCCCGUAGAGUAUGAAAAAUAUGGGAAUUACUUUCUGCCCGGUUCGGUCAAAACGAUAGCUUGUAAAUAUUCGAAUAAAAAUCAACAGGUGGAAUGGAUAGAUCCUUCAGGCAAGCCUAUAUCUCAGGUAAAAACGAACAGGAUUUUUGCGCAAAAGCAUCUCUCCCAGAUGCUUCAUGGAGACAGGAUACCGUCCCUGCUCCUGGCUUUCACAGACGCCUGGGUGGAGGACAGCGGCGAAUACGAGUGCCGGUCUGGAGACUUGUCUGAGACGAUAUCUAUUUGUGUCAUUGACCCCCUAACAUUCGUGGAUACUCCAGCUGAAGUCAGUGUGGACGAGGGUCGAUCUUACACGCUGACGUGCGAGGCGAGGGGACAGCCUGAGCCCAGGCUCGUUUGGACAUGGAAUGGAGAGGAAAUCGCAGACGAUAACAACUCUACGAAGUACAAAGUGAUGACGAAGUUCAACAAUCAGGGCUUCCAAGGGAUGCUGACCGUGAUGUCGGUAGAGGCGUCAGACGCCGGCGUGUACGCAUGCGAGGCCAUCCAGGAACACGAGGAUAUGGAGGACUGCAGCGUCUCCAAGACCUGGAACAUCACUAUGAAUGUCAAUUAUGCUCCUGUAUUCGUGGAUGGCAAUGAAACGGUGUUAUUCGCUAAAAUAAACGACAGUGUCGAAUUCGAGUGUGAAGCAAGCGGUUACCCCGUGCCUACAUACAGAUGGUUUUAUGAGCUUCAAGAGCAAACAUUAUUGAACUACCCUCCAGAAAAGGUCAUAUUAUCGGACGAUGACACAAAAAGCAAAGUGACCAUAACUGCGAAUGCACUGACUUAUGGGGUCAAAUACGUGUGCGAGGCGAAAAAUAAUUUUGGUGAAAUGUCAAAAACUUUUUCUGUUCUGAAGUUAGAGAAGCCUAGAAAACCUAGUGAGAUAAACGUCUACAAUGCUACUGCGAAUCAAGUGGAAUUAACCGUAGUUUGGCCUGUGGAACUCGCCUUUCCAAUAAACAUAAUGGAAGUCCAGUAUUUGAACGCUGACGGACUUAAGUCUACGAGGGUAAAAGAAAGCGACUGGAAAUCAUCGAAACCAAUCAAGUACGUGGUUGAAGAAAUUGACAACGAUGGAGUUGCCAAGGUCAAGAUUGACGAGCUAGAGCCUGAAACUGAGUACCUGAUUCGUCUUCGGGGUGUGAAUGGACUUGGCUCUGCUCCAUGGUCAGCCCCAGUUCUAGCCUCAACCACUGCUGAAGAAGAAGAAACCACAGAAGAAGGUUCAGGAGAUGAAGACGAUGAGCCUAAGUCAGCGAAAGAUGCAGUAGAGGAAGCGCGAACGGAUACCAUGUUUUAUGGAAUAUUUUUUGCUGGUGGAAUAUUUGUCAUAGCAUUUGCUUGUAUGGUAUUCAUGAGAUUAGUUUAAAACAAUCAAAAUUUAAGUUUUGUAAGUCAUGUAAAUUUUUGACUGAAAAAUGUGUAAGUUAUAUUCUUAAAGAUAUUGUUAACUAUUGAAUUGUAAUAUUGAUGAAGACCGUUCCAAAUUAAAUAACUGUUGAAUUUCUUA